GCUCUUUCAUGGAUAAAUCAGCUCAACAAGUCUCUGCCUCAGUCCCAAUGUGUGGAAAGUUGUCAUCCUGGGUUUGUCAAGCGGAAGCGAGAAGGAGAGCCUGCUUGCUGCUACGACUGCAUUCCUUGUCCUGAGGGGACCAUCUCCAUCCAUGAAGUAUAUCUUAUGCUUCCAAAGGAAUAGAACGAUUUAUUUUCACCAUUCAAGAGAUCAACAAGAAUAUCCAGCUCCUAUGCAAUCUCACGCUUGGCUACAAUAUCCAUGACAACUAUUUGAACACACUUGGCACUUCAGAAGUCUUGCUGGACAUGCUCUCUACUGGAGAAGCCAAUGUUCCCAACUACAGCUGUGGAAAGAAGGACAACAUUUUGGCUCUUCUUGAUGCAGCUGACAGGGAGUUUUCCAUCCAGAUGUCAACAUUAGUAGGCACCUACAAAGUCUCACAGAUCAGUCAUAGAAUUGUUUCAGAGACUCUGAGUGAUAAAAGUAAAUUCCCUUUUUUCCACCGGAUGCUCCUCAAAGAAGGGUUUCAGUAUUCAGCAAUUGUCCGAGUGCUCCUGCACUUCAGAUGGACCUUGAUUGGCCUCCUUGCUCCAGACACAGAGGAGGGAGAUAAUUUCCUGAGGACUUUUCCUCCUUUGCUUCUCAGGAAUGGAAUUUGUGUCGUUAUAGCAAAAGAAUUCUCAAUGUCUGGACAUCCAGCACCCUUCAGGGAUUCCAGUUUUUCUCAGUGGAAACAAGUCAAUGUCUUUGUUCACUUCACAGAACACAUUAUUGUUUCAAACACAUUUCAUACUUUUCAUCUAACACUUGACAUUUUGUCAGGACCCAUCAGAGAGAAAGUCUGGAUCACCACAACUUUGGGAAACUGUAUAAUGCAUCAUCUUGGAUAUCACAAAUACAUCCAUAGUAUUUGGAGCUUUGAAUUUCUGCAAAAAAUAAGCCCAAAACAUGGUGCUUUUGAACCCUUUUCCUUUUUAGACUCCCAGUAUGAACACAAAAAUUUUCAGUGCUCUUUUCCAAAGCAUGUUUUUUCUGUCAAAGGCCGGAAAAGAUGCACCCAAAAUUCUCUGGUGGAGACAGAAGAUGAUUUGAACGGGAUGAUGAUCGAAAACAGUGACUCUGUUUACCUUAUCUUUAUGACUCUGGCCCAUGUCUUGAAGGCUGCAUAUUCAUCCAGAUCCUGGAGGAGAAGGAAGGAGACCCAAGAGACACUGGAGGCUCCAAGGUUGCAGCCAUGGCAGUUCCAUCCCUUUCUGGAGAAGAAUGACUUCUACAAUCUUUCCCACUGGAAUCUUUACGUGGACCAUAAUGGACAAAUAGCUACAGAUAUGGACAUUGAGUUCUUGGUGAUUUCACCCGAGGAGGAUUUGAUCAAAAGGAAACUGGGGAGUAUUGAAAGACAGAGAAUUAUUAUUAACGAAUUUGCUCUCUUAUGGCUAAAUCAGCUCAACAAGUCUCUGCCUCAGUCCCAAUGUGUGGAAAGUUGUCAUCCUGGAUUUGUCAAGCGGAAGCGAGAAGGAGAGCCUGCUUGCUGCUAUGACUGCAUUAUUUGUCCUGAGGGGACCAUCUCCAUCCAUGAAGAGUUUCAACAUCUUUUUUACAUUGUGGUGAUCAAAACUGGAUACCGUAUUCCAAGUGUGGUCUUAUCAAGGCUCUAAGAGAUAAAGAUGGAUCCUGGCUUGAUUCAGAAGACCUUUUCUUAAUGUUUGGAAAUGGAAGUUUGCAAGGACAUCCUCUUGAAAUUUUCACAUUGUUUAUCAAAUUUAGCAGAAAUGUGUUUGGUUGGCUGUAUCCCCCUUCUUGGUUUUAUCAUGGUUGUAUUUUUCUAGUGGCCAAGAAGUUCUCAGCCUUCCUCAUCCCUUCUUGGACCUGGAUAAAGAUGUAGCAUUUAAGGACUGUACUUUUAACCAAGUCUGUUUUUGCUGAAGCAACUGCAGGAACACAUAGUAAUAUGGUCAAGUUUUCUAGUGUCUUCCGUUAUUCUGCUGUUUUGGAGAGAAACUGUUCAUCCUAAACAUGUGCCAAUUUUCUUCAAACCAUGUAUGCGAUUAACUAGUUUUCAAAGAUUGAUGUUAAAUGUCUUUUUCUUAUUUUUUUUUUCAACUCUAAUUGUUCAUCUUUUAAUUUUUUUCUUCUUCUCUGUGUUCUCCUUUGAAUGAUGUAUUUUGUUGACCGCUGGUCUGAGAGUAAAUAUAUUUUUAAUUUUUAAUUUACAAUUUUGGACAAAACAGUGGAUUGAAUUCAAUUCCAGCAGGCUCUAUAUAUUUAUUGUAUCCCUUACUUACUUACUUACUUACUUACUUACUUACUUACUUACUUACUUAAGAAGCAUACUGAUUUUGUGCAUGGGUUGACAAAUGUUUACAAAAAAAUAGAUAGGGAAAAAGAAAUAAUCUUUAGGAAAUGUUAAAUAGUCUAAAUUGUCAAAUAAAGAUAUCAACAAAUACC